AUGUUAGGUAAACAGAUAUUAGAAGCUUACCAGGGAGCAGAUGAUAGCUCGCGUAUUCAAAACAUUAAAACAGAUUUAAAGAAAGACAUGUGCAAAUGUUUUAUACGUGGAUUGAAACCGGAGAUUGAACAACGAAUCUCCAGAAAUUUGGAUGUUCAGUGUGAUAAGACCGGUCAUUCUGCGAAAGAUUGUUGGAAAAAGCAAAAUGAACAACGUAAUCGUUCUCAACCACUUAGAACAGUAUGUCAAAUUUGCAACAAUUAUAGUCAUACUGCCAAAGAAUGCCGUUUAAAUCAGUCUCGGUCGAUCAGCGGUUCGUUUUGUCGAUACUGCAAAGAACCGGGUCAUUUCCUAGAAAACUGCGAGUUACGUAUCGCGAGUAACAAUCGUAGAAAAGAAAACAAUCAGGGCAACUUCGCCGGCCCCUCGAAGACGGGUGUGCCACAGGGGACCGAACGAGGUUCACAUCCUCUUGCGGCAAUGGGCCCCGCGUCCAAAUUGAAACUAGCCGACUAUGAAGUAAUAUACAAAGCAGGGAAGACAAACGUGAAUGCAGACGCCUUAUCCAGAAAUCCGGUAAACCUUGACGAAGAGAAUUGCAGAGUAAUUAAAGAUCAGAAGCGAUUAAAUCCAAAUAAAUCUGAAGAUGCCGAUCAAAUCUCAAAAUGGCUGGAAGACGAUGAUGAGUCAGAAGACGAAGAGUUUGAACUGCGUUAUUCUGACGAAGAAAUUGAAGAACCAACAUUAAAUAAUGACGAUGAAAGAAAUUUCGAAAAAUUUGACAAUCCUAUUGAUCAAACAAUUGUUGAAAUUUGCGAACAACCAACAACAAUCAAUCGAAGGGAAACGCGCAAUCAAGCAGUCAAACGACAAAACCAGAUAGAAGAAGGAGAAGAAGAUCAUCAUCAAAGAAACGAUCCACCAGAUAAAAUAAAUAAUGAAUCGGAAAUAGACGAAGAAACCGAAAUCAAAGAAAAUGACGAAGAAAGCGAGGAAGAAGAGGAAAAACAGAAACAGAAAAUCGCUAAAAAACAUGAACUAAAGAAGAAACUCAAACCAACGAUAAUUGAUAUUUAG